AUGUCGAAAGAUACAGAGAUGCAAGACGUCACCACUAUCGUAAAAGAGGAGCGUCGCGAAAAGAAGAAGGAGAAAAAAGACAAGAAAGAAAAGAAGCGCUCGAGAGCCGAGUCGAACGCUGAGGUCGCAGAGGCCGAUGCCACCGAAGAUGAAGCAGAGACACCAGCAAAGAAGCGCAAGCGCGAGAUACUGCCCGAAGAGCUCGAGAUCGAUAUCAGUCUCCCCGAACCCGCAUCCAAGAAGGCCGCCCGUAAAGCAAAGAAGGCGAAACUAAACCCGACACCUGCCGCCGACGCAGAGGGAGCAGAAACUGUCACUAAAACGGAGGGUGCGACGAAGGAGGACAAGGAUACGGCUGCACAGCGCUCAGAGUAUGGCGUCUGGAUUGGCAAUUUGCCAUGGUCUGCCACUAAGGAGUCGCUGCGGAAGUUCUUGAUCGACAAUACUGAGAUUGCGAGCGAGCAAAUAACACGCGUUCACAUGCCCCCGCCUACGAAGCCAACCCCCGCCAACUGGACCACCAAGCCCAUGAACAAGGGUUUCGCAUACGUCGAUUUUUCCACAGAGUUGGCAAUGUACUCGGCGAUUGCGUUGACAGAGACGAAGAUGGACGGACGCGCGCUGCUCAUCAAGAACGCGAAGAGCUUCGACGGACGCCCGGACAAGCCCAAGACAGAGGAGAGUCAGGACACUCGCGGAGGCAAGGACGCUAAACCAAGCCAUCCCCCAAACAAGCGCGUCUUCGUCGGCAACCUCUCCUUCGAUGUUACAAAGGAAGACCUUGAGGCACACUAUGCUCCGUGCGGAGCGGUCGAUAACAUUCACAUGGCGACAUUUGAAGAUACGGGCAAGUGCAAGGGAUAUGCUUGGGUUACAUUUGGCGAUGUAGAAGCUGCGACGGCAGCAGUCAAGGGCUUCGUGUUCAAAGAUCCCUCUGCAUUCAAGAGCAAGAAGGACAGGGAUGAUAGUAGCGACGAGGAGGACACGAAGAAACCCGUAAAGCAAAGGAAAUGGCUGGUCAACAAACUCAUGGGCAGAGAGUUGCGCCGUGAGUUUGCCGAGGACGCGAAAACGAGGUAUGGCAAACGCUUUGGCAAGGAGACACCAGCCGAGCCAGUGGAUGGAGUCAAUCCAGGCCGGUGGAAAAAUUUUGGCAACGAUGGAGGUCAAAGAGGUGGUAGGGGCGGUGGUAGGGGCGGUAGAGGUGGUAGAGGUGGUAGAGGUGGUAGAGAGGACAGAGGAGGCAGGCAGGAUGGAGAAGAAAGCAAUGGCGGACGAGAGUUCAAGCGAAAGGUUGACCCAAGAACCAUUAAGAGUGGUGCAGCGCAUUCGAACGCUCCGAGGGCAAGCCAGGCUAUUGUGGAGUCGCAGGGCAAGAAGACCACUUUUAAUUAA